AUAUUUCUUAAUCGUGUAUGUUACGUCUGAGGUUGUUGCUGCAAUCAACUAAUUGAACUUAUCUAUAGCUAUAUUGAAUCACUAAAAGUUACAAUUGGUUAUUUAACAAGGCAUGUUGGCAGAAGAUCUAAUGAAACACGUUUGCUUCAUUCGUUAAAUGUUUAAAGUAUUCGAAAAAGAACAUAUAGUGGUAUCUUUUAUCCCGCGUACGCGAACUCAAGGUUUCGAAACGAUUUUGGCUCAGUAACAAAACAGAAGCAUGCCACGGUACUAAUACGAAGUUAAUAAAUGAGAGCAUAGCUUAAUAAUCAAAAGGAUGUAUUCGUGGCAACUAUUCAAUCUCAUGCUGAAGCGAGUUAAUUUUAAAUAUACUAAUAGCAACGUCAACUUGUCCUCAUUUUCCAGACGCUUUAAUACUCGUAUUAAAUUUGGAGGUUAUCGUAAAAGGAUAGAUUUGUGGUUUAAAGAGCAGAAUGCACAGGUAGCUAAGGCAUGCACCAGGCAAUGUGAAUUUAUAGUGGCACAACGCAUUAAACGAAGUAUUCAAAUAUGUCAUCUCUAUACGAAAAUGUGGGAUGAAGUGGCUUUGAAAGAAAUUAUUAAAUUAUGGAAAACACGAGUUAUAAGAAAUUCUCGACAAUUUCUAAUUGGUACUAUUGGAGUGAGUGUGUAUAAUUGGGAUCUUGAAAGAAUAUCCGACGAAGAGGUCAAUAGUUAUAGCCAAGAAAUAGAGGAUAUCUACAAAUUAAGAGAUUGUACUGUCAUAUGUACAAACUGUCACCUACGAAUUAUAAUUGACAAUGCUAGCAAACAACCCGGAAUAGAAUAUUGCAAAUGUGAUGGUGUCAAAACAAAUACAAAUAAAGAUCAUGGAUGGCAACCAUAUAUUGAACGUCAAGAUAUGUUAGUCUGGAGACGACAGGAACCGGAUACAGGUUUAUUUGCAUAUAAAGUUUACGGAUCUUUCCCGGAUGUCACAGCUGAGGAUUUUUUACAAGUACAAAUUGAUAUAGAUUAUAGGAAACAAUGGGAUACAACUGCUCAAGAAUUACAAAUUAUUGAUACUGACCCACGGUCUACAAAAUCUAAUAAUCAUAGUGCUGAUGUUAUAUAUUGGGAAAUGAUUUGGCCUAAAUUAUUUGCUAAUCGAGAUUAUGUAUAUCAACGUAGAUGGGUUAUAGAUAAAGAUAAAAGGGUGGUGGUUAUUGUUAGUAAAGGAACUGACCAUCCAAAUGCACCUGUUAAACCUGGAACUCAUAGAGUAAGAACAUACUGGUCAUACAUGGUGAUUAAACCUUACAAAGAUUUUCAACAGCCUGGUAUCGAGUUUGGCUUAACUUACUUUGAUGAUCCUGGUAUGAGAGUGCCAUCAGCUAUCACUGCAUGGGUAGCAAUUGCAGGGUUGUCAGAUUUUUUAACUCGCAUGAGACAAGCAUCGAAAGAUUACAAAAAAUAUAAAACGAAGCAAAACAAUGUGACAUCCAAUAAUCAUAAUGUAAUGGGUCAAGAUAAUCUUACUGAAUAUGACGAUUUACAUAAAGAUAUGAAUAGAACAGAAAAAGAUAAAAACUUUAGAGAAUAUGAAGUCGUAAAAGAAGAUAAUUCAAAACAUGGUGAAGCCAUUCAACAUACCAAACCAUUAGAAGUUAUGCAAUCUAUGAACGAAAAAACUGAUAUAGAAGAAAAUAAUGUAGAAGAAAACGAAGACAAAGAUAAUGUUGCUAAUCCAAUGUCUCAAGAUAAAGGAGGUUUAUUAAACUAUUUUUUUUUGAGUAGAUUAUUUGCGUGACAAGGAAUUGUAGUCUUUAUUUUUAUACAAAUAAUUUGGAAUAUUGAAGCCUUUUUCAUGAUUUUACAUGAAAAUAA